AUGACAUUAAUUAGUUCAAAUAAAGUUCAUCAUUGUAUAUCAAAUGAGGAUCAAGAAUAUCUGAACGAUUUUGAUAAUGAUGAAGAAGAUGAUUGGGAACCGAAAAAGAAAAAGAAACGAGCAACAAAAUCAAAUAGUAAAAAGAAAACAAAGAAAAACAAAGAUUUUCUUGUUGUUGUAUCUCCACCAGGUUCUAAACUUAAUUUUCCUAAUAGUAUCAUUCCACUAAAUAAACUCUGUCCGGUGACAAAUCAUGUUGUGAUACCGUUAGUUCCUCGUCCAAGUAGUUAUAUGACACUAUCAGAUAGUGAUAAAAUUAUUUUUAAAACACAACAAGUAUCAUCACUUCCAUCUGAAUCGUCAAAUUAUUUUAUUCAAUCACCAUUGAAUCUAGCCGAAGAUGAACAAUCAUCAAUUAUUAUAUUUAAAGAAGAUAUUAAAUAA